CCCUCCCACUGUUACGUUACCCCUCGCCGGCUCUUUAACUCCUCCUCCAUUAUACACGACUCUACGCGGGGCGUGCCGGAAAUGGCGUAGCACCAUAACCUUACAUUACUACUCCGAGCACCACACGGGCUACCAGUACUUGCUGUAGCCGUCUGUUUCAACUCUCAAAAGUUUUAGCCUUGACUCUUGUUCUACUGUAGAGAAAGGAGAUGAUGAACCGGAGCUCGUCGCCGUGGGGCCUUUCGGAGGUCGGAGAGGACGAUGAUGACGCGGCUCCCCGCCAACCGUCGGCUGUGAACGUGUCCUCCGAGAUGGACUACUUCGCGGAAAUCCUGGGCCCCCUGUCUCCCGUCGGUGACGUUCACCUCUCUCUGCGCACCACCGCCACCUUAGGGGUGGUCGGCGUGGGGGAGGAGGUGGAGAGCUCGGGAGGGUUCGAGAAGGGGAGUUCGAGCAGGACCAAGAGCGACGCCAUGGGCUUGGAGGACCCUCGCCGCUGCCCGAGUCAGGAGGUUGAAAGGAAGCGUGAGGUUUCGAGGAGAAGCAAACGGAAUCGGACGUCGGAGAUGCACAACCAAACAGAGAGGAAGCGGAGGGAUAAGAUAAAAGCAAAAUUGAAGGCAUUGCAGGAGCUCAUACCCAAUUCCCACAAGUUGGACAGAGCAUCUAUGCUGGACGAGGCUAUUGCAUAUAUGAAAUCCCUUCAGCAACAAAUUCAAAUCAUGUCACGAGGCGCCGUGUGUCAUGCUCAAUCGAUGUCACCUGCUGCAGUACGGUGCUUGCGCACACCUCAAUUCCCUCCGUUCUCACCUUCGGGACCAUAUAACGCCAUGAGCCUGGGAUUCGGAAUGGCAAUGACUAACAUCGCUUGUUCAAUUCGGCCCCCUCUUUUGUCUUCCCUUACCCCGUUGGAGGCAACAAGUUUGGUUCCGAUGCCCACCUUAAACCCCAUUCCACACUACCGUUCACCAAGGCGUGUGCAUUACAUCCCUUUCACUUCAUCACCAGAAUUCCCAGCAUCUGUGGUCAUGCAAGCCACUCGAAACCAAAGUUUACAGGCCGAGUCGUUCGGUUCAAUGAAUCAAGCAGAAACUGGUUGCCAAGGGAUGCAGUCAGUCAUUGCAGAUAGCCUACAAAUUUCAGCGAUCACCCAGCAAGAGGGCAAUGAACCCGAUGCUCUAGGAGGUAAUUCUCUUCAGGAUCGUCAUGCAAAUGGAGGCUUGCGGUAUCUAGUUCAAGUCCAUGUAUAUAUCUAAUCAGUCUGCACAAUGUUUCAGAACUCAGAGCAGUCGAAUCUUAACGGAUCGCAAUCAACAACCUGCUGACAAA